AGUGAAUUACCUCUCGUGCCGCGAAAUGCCCCUCUCAACUUCCGCACGAUGCUCGCGGCCGGCUCAUCCGUCGAAAACUGAGGGCUUUGCGGGCCGAGAUCCGCAGAUAUCCGUUCGCAGACGCUGCGAAGCGUGCAACUUCCAGGCGAAAGGAGGAGUUUACCGGAGCAAAUUGACAGAUGCUGCUUUCCCGCCGUCCUGUCGGAACCUUUCAACGCGGCCGCCUCUUUUCUUCCUCUUCGCAGUCCGCGUUUAGUUUUUGCACAGGAGACGGCGGUUUGGUAGAGAUGGAAAGAUCGCGAUAUCACGACUGUGAUCACGGACGUGUCUCCGCGACGGUUCAUGCAAAUUCGUCGGGGGAAGGGGCGUCGCAUCGAACUCAACGUGUCGGAGUGUUUGUACACAACAAGCGUUCGAGAAUUCGCUGGGUUCUGCGGUGUGCAAUUGCUACGGGUGUGUCUUGCUCGAACAGUUCAUGGGCAAAACAGGAAGUGUGGGAUCUGCCAAGUGAGCAUGGGAUUCCCGGAUGAGUCAGCGGCUGAGCAGUGAUCCGCGCGGAGCCGCUGUUUUGUGCUAGGGAUGCAGGAGCCGUCCCCCCGGGGCAGCACUGCAGUGAGCAUGCCGGCCUUCCAGGAGUGCCCCUCCCUGCCGGCAGCCCACUGCACGGACGAGGAGGAGGAGGAGGGGGGCUCGGCGGGGGAGGGCAGCGCGGCCCCACCCCCCGCACGUUCCCCAGCCUCCCCGCCCUCGGCGGAUGCCCAGGCACAGGCCCAGCUGGAGGCGGACAAGAGGGCAGUCUACAAGCACCCCCUGUUUCCCCUGCUGGCCCUGCUGUUUGAGAAGUGCGAGAGGGCCACGCAGAGCGCCGAGGCCCCCUGCUCGGAGAGCUUCAGCAGCGACAUCCAGGCCUUCGUGCAGCACCAGGAGCAGGACCGGAAGCCCUUCUUCAGCGACGAUCCAGAAGUCGACGGACUGAUGGUGAAGGCGAUCCAGGUGCUGCGCAUCCACCUGCUGGAGCUGGAGAAGGUUCAGGAGCUGUGCAAGGACUUCUGCAACCGCUACAUCGCCUGUCUCAAGAACAAGAUGCAGAGCGAGAACCUCCUGCGCAGCGCCGACUUCCCCUCGUCCGGGGCGGGGGGGUGCGACGGGGGCCUCAGCGACUCCCCUUCCUCCUCCGCCUGCUCUUCCCCUGCCCCCGCCCCCUCUCCACCGCCCCCGCACCACCCCCUCGUCGCUCCCCAGAGCACAUGCCUAUCGGCAUCCACCCUGAGUCCUGGCCAAGUGGUGUCAGGGGGCACGGUGUUUCAAGUGGUGCAGACGACAGCCGGGAUCGUGGCACAGCCCAUACAGAUCCAAGCAAGUGCAACUCUGCCUGUGAUAACUUCAAUCCACGGUGGGACCCCAUUGUCUCAGAUUGGUGCAAAUUGCUCCAGUUCUAAUCAGGACCAUCGAAUCUCGAGCCUCGGUGCGAGGCCGCCGUCGCUGAGCGGGGACGACGAGGAGGAAGACUUCCUGGGCUCGAAGAAGAAGCAGAAGCGAGGAGUGCUCCCCAAGCAGGCCACCAGCAUCAUGCGCUCCUGGCUCUUCCAGCACAUCGUGCACCCCUACCCGACGGAAGAUGAGAAGAGGCAGAUAGCAGCGCAGACAAACUUGACUCUACUCCAGGUUAACAACUGGUUCAUCAAUGCCCGGAGGAGGAUCCUGCAGCCCAUGCUGGACGCCAGCAACCCGGAGAGCAGCCAGAAGGCCAAGAAGGCGAAGGUGCAGACGGUGCGGCCCGUGGAGCGCUUCUGGCCGGACGCCAUAGCCUCGCUCCAGCCGAGGGCCUCCGGCCACAACGGCACGGGCUCCGCACCCUCCCCAGGGGAUGCCCCCGCCUCCGGAGGAACGGGGCACGGAUCAGACGGGUCCGACGACAGUGCCUGCGGAGAUGCCGCACAUUCUGCGGCCGAAGAGGACAGCCGCGAUGGCAGUCGGGACAAGGGCCAAGGCAGGAAGUGCUAGGGACCGUGCUCCCUGGCCGCCCCUCUGCCCCUUGGGCCGUCUCUUGCACAACUGGAGGUGCCAAACAGGAAGAGUUGCAUCUGAACAGAACCACAUGCCUUGGUUCCAAAACCUGCCUGGUUCAUAUUUUGUGUUCGCUUCUUUGUUUUUCGUGCUCCUCUUUGUUACGUAAGCUUUGCAGAAGGUGGGACUGCUAGGAUGACUGUGGGCAGCUGUCUUUUUGUGGUGGACAGCGGAGCUCAGCCGGCACAAAUGCUUAGACCUACAAAGUAAAACCCCCAAUUAGUGCUGUGUGGUAGUAGAAUGUCGUUAUCUGGAACUCUUAAAAGGGGAACUUUUUAGAUAGGUGAAGUUUGGCAAAAUGCUUGAUUGCCCGUUUCUUCAAGGUGGUCUUCUUCUCUUGGCUCUUAGCUGGUAUCUUAAACUUGUGCUAAGUGGAAUGGUUUUUCCUGGUCCCUUUGGAGUUCCACUUAAAGGAAGUCUACUGUAGUUAAGACAGUCUAUGUUACUUCUUUUACAUACCAGUUGGCACUGAUUUGAGGUGUUUGGCUGGCUGGAGGGGGGGGGGGAGGGGGGGCAAAGAAUAGACAAUCUUUCUGUAGUAUAUAGUGAUACUGCCCUAGAUAGUGCUUAAAUUGCAGGAGGUACCACGUAGGAAGUUGUGCGAGAGGUGUAGUUUACAGUCAAGUUUAUGCAAGGAUCACUUGGGUCGGAAUUUCUCAGAUUCUUUUAAGAAAAUAGCUCGCGAUUUGUAAGGAGUAAGAAAGUCGAGUUGCAUUGUGAACACAAGGUCUUUGCAGCGAACGUGGGCCUGAAAUUGUCUCUUUGCCUGUGAAUCUGUCCGGGCUUUGAGCUGGCAUUCUUCGAAUCAAUUCAGUGAAUCUUUGGAAGUUUGAGAAUUGGAUUGGUGGCCUCGAAGCAUAUUUCUGAAGCAGAGGCAAUGUGCCCCACCUAGGGCCCAAAGCACCCCUGACCAGAUGCUAAGAUGAAUGCUGUCUCGUUAGGUACAGUCAAACAGAGCGUAAACUUGGGCUCAGCUUUACAUUUUGCAGCCUUCAACCUGACAAAACGAAACGGUUACAGAACUUUUGAGUUUGUUGUCCAACUAGAUUGAAAGAUCUGAAAAACAGUUGAAUCACUGUGGUGGCUAUUUGAGGAAAAUACUGGUCUAUAGUAAGCUUACAGGUUUUUCAUGAAAAAUUUCAAGACUGAAAUUACGGUAUAUAAAUAAACUAAAAAAGACAUGAAAUUUUAUAAAAUUCCAACACUUAAGAAAUCUUCUAUUUUGAUCAGGCUUUAUGAGCUGUCUACUUUUCAGUGAUAUGCGUAGCAUUAGGUGUCCUCGCAAGGGAACUGGUAAAAGGCAGCUGCUUAUCUAGGGCAGAUGGGGCAGAAGGAGGAAUUGGGCAAACUUUCUGCUUGCAGAAACAGUAUGAAAGCUGAGCAUUUGAGAAACACAAAAAAACUUGAAGCUAGGCUUGCUCUGUUUUGAGAAAUACUGAACUCUCGGUAUUACAGUGGGAACGUUGCAUCUUAAGGGGGGACACUACCCAGAAAAAACAAUUUCUGCAAAAAAAAGUUCAUUUUAAAAAAUGUCAUAUUUACAUCCACUAAUAUCUAGAGAGUAUUCCCAGAAAGUUUCAUUAGUUUACACUGCAUAGUUAAUUUUUUAUAAAUUAUUUUCGGUCCACUGAUGCUAAAGAAAAGGUAGAGGUUGGAGCACUUUGAACACAUUUUUCUCCAUUCCACUUUUUGGCAUAAAUUUCACUUUAGGAAAACUAUCAUUUUGUUAUUACGCAACUUGGAUUCAUUUUUAUGAAUUGUUCUGGGGUGAAAUUUUAAGGGGAAGAUAACUAUGAGCUUGUAUUUUUUAUUUUUGUCAUUUUUCAUGCUCAAGAACUAAAAGUUUGGACAAAGGAUGGAAAUUUAAAAAACUGUAUUUGUGUUUAUGUGGCUUUUUUGUCAUGAAAGAUGGUAUAACAUAGAAAUAUAGCUUCAUAGUUAUCUGCUUUGAACUGUCCUAAUGCAAUAUAACUCAUGAAAACAACAAAUUUAUACGUAAUUUCAAAACGAUAGUUUUCCUAAGCAGACACGCCCACUUUCGUCUUUGAACGUUUGCAAUUUUUUUAGUACUUCACCCAGGUUAACAAAAAUUGGCAGAAGUGUUCUCAACAUCAACAGAAACAAGCAGUGUAAAUAUAAUUUAAAUCCGACAAGUGGUUCAAAAAUUUACUCUCUUGGGUAGUGUCCCCCCUUAACCAGCAUACCAACACUUAUUUAUUACAAGCUUAUGUCAAAGCUGGUGCUACCGGUUCUUAAAAAAAAAAAAAGAAAAAAAGAAUGUAUCUUUUGAAGGUGGUGAAAGAAAAAAAAAAGUGAAAGAGCAAACUGCAACACAUUAGUUUCACACAUUUCUCGAUGGCACAAAUGCCUAAGUGUUGGCACGCUUCUAAAAUGUUUUGUUCUCAACACCAGGUCAGAAAUAGCGUAGCAGUGUUGAUAAUGCUGACUGUCUCGGUCGUCUUAAUUCUAGUCUUGGCAGCUUGAAUGCCUUGUGCAUUCAGUUGGAGCAAACAAGGUUCAGCAAGUGUCAGGGUCAAGCUCUAUUAUAUUAACCUUCAUUGACAUUUUCAAAUUGGAAUACUAGCAGUGGGGCAUUCACAUUGAUGUGAGAAUGUGUCGGAGCUGCUUUUCUCGUUUUGUUACGCGCAACUUUGGAAAGAUGGUGGUUAUCUUUCUUAAUCAAUCAUGCACUGUCGUAUCGAAGUCACUCGAUCUGCCAUUCUAUCCCCUUUUCUGGAGGGGCGACUUGACAGUCCAUCAAAGGACUUGUAGCAAUUGCUCAAUGACUGAUGGGUAGUGCCCAUCUUACUUGUUUGAUAUGUGCAUAUGCAAGAGCACUUACAUGUUUGUUUCUUGCUUGUUUUGCUUAUAAGUAUCGUCUUUUUCCUUGGAAAUGUGCAUUUAGAUCUGUCCUCUUUUAAGCUGUAAGAGUUGCGCCUUUCCAGUUCAUUUCUCACGAACGUGAAAUAUCUCGAGCCAGAGUUUAUCUUCUGCAAUACUGCAUCUCCCAUUUCAGUCUUUCUUAAAAUCACUCUUUUAUGCCAUUUUGGCUUUUUGUAAUAUAGUAUAUUGUCUUAUGUUGUCACUUGCUUCAUGACUGGUGAUAUGUGCUUGAGUCAUGCAGCAAUUAAUUGAGAGUGUGCUUUAUGUUGAUCUUUCUUUUUUACCCUUGACUGCUGUCUUAUUGCGACAGCCCUGUGAUUUCAUGUAACAUUUUAUUUUACGACUGCUCUGGCAUCCGUUACACUGCACCACCCUGUUGAACUUAUGAAAUGCUUGUGCGCUUAGCUCAUCCAUCUUCAAUUUUGCAGCACAAUAACGUAGCGAGAUUGCGUCACCUCUUUACACCAUUCAUAUACUGUCGCAUGCUGGCACCACUGGAGCGCGACGGUGUUCAGCAACCGGAGUGCACCCUUCCCAACCCCCGUUACUGGGGGACGAGUCUCCCGAACGGUCUGCCGGUGUAGGCUGAGCCUACCGGGCUUUCACUGCAAUGUGGGGGGCACUUAGGUUCGUGCAACGUACCAGGUGCCUCAUAUACCCACCUUAUGCAAAUCCUUUUCCAUAGCCCCGCUUUUCUACGGGGACAGUAAAGGAGUGGCAGCUUAGCCAGUUCAAUAUCUGUGACAAGUGUGCUUGCAGAGUGCAAGUUUAAAUUUAAAUGGCCCAUUCUUAGUAGCACAUUGCACUACUUAAUUUUGCUGUUUUGCAACUUUUGCAUUAGUUUUUUUUUUUUUCUGUUUCAAAUGCUGGCCUUGGUGUCGGGUGCGUCGUACAUUCUCAUGUGCCACAUCCAAGCAAAUUCUGACAUUUAUUUUAUAGUGGCCUUUUUCUAUGUGUUAUUGGACUCUGCUGCCAUUUUGAGGGAACUCUUUUCACCUUUCUCGUUUAUUUUUCUUUGAAUCUAUUGCCAUUUUUUGCCAUGUUUAUAGACUGCCAAAUGAUUACUAUACAUUAUAAUACCCUAGCAGCUGGCUGAAUGGUCGCGGACGACGAGUUGUAGGUUUCUAUUUAAGAUAGAGAAUAAAGAACUAUUAAUAUAAA